AUGCGUUACAAUAUUCUUUCACUUGGUUUGAUCGCAGCAACUCUUAUCGCCUCUAUUUCUGCUCGUGCUUUACCCGUUGGAAGCUUACCAGAUACAACCUCAAGUAUUGACAGUGCUGUUGCUGCCGAUGAAGAUGUCGUUACUACUGCUUUAGGUCGCCACCCUUUAUAUACGAGUAAUAAGAAGCGUGCUACUGUCUCUUUUCAACGCCGAGAAGAAGAAGGAGAAGAAGAAGAAGAGGAAGAAGAGGAAGAAGAGGAAGAAGAGGAAGAAGAGGAAGAAGAGGAAGAAGAUGAUGAUGAUGAAGAAAGCGGAGGCGGUGAAGAAGGUGCGGCCGAUCAACCCUCUUUGGCUCGUCGUCACUGGCAAAAGGACAAGGAGACAUCAAAUGAUGAUGCUGGCGCUGCAAACGAUGGAGACACUGAAGACGAAGACGCUGUCACUGAAGAGCUCGAGCCUGUCACUGAAGAAUUAGAUACUGCUACUGAAGAUAUUGACACUAUUUACCCUGAUGAUACCGAUGCUGCUGAAGAUGAGGUAGCUUACGGCGGUGAAGAUGACGAAGACGACGAUGAAGAUUCAGAUGAUGACUCUGACUCUGAUGACGACUCUGACUCUGAUGAUGACUCUGACUCUGAUGAGGACGAAGAUGAGGAAGAUUCUAAGCUUGCUCGUCGUCAAAACACAGAGGAAGCUGCUGUUAACCAACCUGUUGAUACUUCUGCCGUUGAUACGACUGAACAACCUGCUGAUCCUGCGAACGGUGAAGGCGAAGGGGAGGAAGAAGAAGAAGAAGAAGAAGAGGAAGAAGAAGAAGAAGAGGAAGAAGAGGAAGAGGAAGAAGAAGAGGAAGAGGAAGAGGAUGAUGAGUAA